UGUGCGUCACUUCCUGCACAGCGCUCGCGAAGCCAGUUUAGGGCAGUCAAAGCCACACGACUUGGUAUCGCGUGCGCUGUCAACAUCCAGCUACACACCGUUUACCGGACAAUCCCGGCGAACCACGACUCGGUGUGAGCGCGCGCGCGCUGUGUGUGUGUGAGUGUGUGUGUGAGUGUGAGCGCGCGCGGUGUGUGUGAGAGUGUGUGUGUGAGCGCGCGGUGUUCUCUCCUGGAACAACAACUCGCUUCAUCAUGGCUUUAAGGUGAUCUUCAGUCCAGGUGGUGCUGGGGUCCAGGUCUGCAUCGUGAGAGAGACAGAGAGUGAGUGUGAGAGCAAGCUGUUCCAGAGGAACGGGCUGCCUUGGGCCCUGGUGCCCCACGUUUUAAGGUAACUAGCAGUACUCUUUGGAGAGGCGGUGGAACAGGAGCACAGGAUGGAGAAGGAAGACCUGAAGAUUGUUAACAAGGGGCUGGAGGAUGAAAUGGAGCUGAGCGGGUACAGGCUGUGCCGCUGGAAGCUGGCCUUGGUGGCAGUGGGUGUGCUGUGUACAGGCGGCUUUCUGCUGCUGCUGCUUUACUGGUUACCUGAGUGGUGUGUCAAGGCCACAUGCACCCGCACAACCAUCCGCGACGCCCAGGUGGUACUGCUCCAGAGCACUGAUGAGUUUAAGCGCUGGUUCCUGGCUAAGGUGCGUGUGAUGCUGUCCCCGGGAAAGGAUCCUUACAGCAGCCUGGACUCGCAGAGCACCACCCACAUGGCCAAUGGCCACACCCCCCACCCCUCUGACACCCCAGCUGAAGGCUUCAUCAGGAAAUACGCAGAGUACCAGCCUGUACAGAUCCGCUAUUUUACACUCCAUAGCACAAAGUACUACUGGAACGACGCUGUCCAAAACUAUGAAGUGUUAACGGGUCUCGAGGAUUUGGAGCCUAGGUGUUCCAGCAUCCACUCGGAGCAUAGCGGCGGCCUCAGCCAGAACCAACAGGAGUACAGGAGACUAUUUUUUGGAGUGAAUGAAAUUGCUGUGAAAGUGCCUUCCCUUUUCAAGCUGCUAAUCAAGGAGGUUCUCAACCCCUUUUACAUCUUCCAACUCUUCAGUGUUAUCCUGUGGUGUGCCGAUGAAUACUACUACUACGCUAUGGCUAUAAUGUUAAUGUCAAUCAUAUCAGUAGCUACCUCUCUCUACACCAUCAGAAAGCAAUAUAUCACGUUACAUGACAUGGUGGCUGCGCACAGUAUUGUUCGUGUAUCAGUCUGCAGAGCCAAUAAUGAGAUUGAAGAAGCUUUGUCUACAGACCUUGUCCCAGGUGACGUCAUGGUCAUCCCGAGCAACGGGACCAUCAUGCCCUGUGAUGCGGUGCUGAUUAGUGGAACCUGCAUCGUCAACGAGAGCAUGCUUACAGGCGAAAGUGUUCCUGUCACUAAGACUAACCUGCCCAACCCACAACAGGGAGACAAGGGGUCUGAGGGAGACAAGGUGUACAAUAUGGAGGAGCAUAAGAGACACACACUGUUCUGCGGCACCAACGUCAUCCAGACCCGCUUUUACUCAGGAGAACUGGUUAAAGCUGUGGUGGUAAGGACUGGGUUCAGUACAGCCAAGGGACAGCUGAUUCGGUGCAUCUUGUACCCUAAACCCACAGACUUUAAGCUGUACAGAGAUGCCUACCUGUUCCUGCUUUGUCUCGUUGGAGUGGCUGGCAUUGGCUUUGUCUACUCGAUCGUGCUGAGCAUAAUGAAUGAGGUUCCUGCUAGAACCAUCAUCAUCGAGUCUCUGGACAUCAUCACCAUCACUGUGCCACCCGCACUGCCUGCGGCGAUGACGGCGGGUAUCGUGUAUGCACAGCGACGUCUCAAAAACCUUGGUAUCUUCUGCAUCAGCCCACAGAGGAUUAACAUCUGUGGCCAACUCAACCUUAUCUGCUUUGACAAGACAGGCACACUCACUGAGGACGGCUUGGAUCUGUGGGGUGUGCAGAGAGUAGAGAACAGCAGGUUCCACCACUCAGAGGAGAACGCCUAUAAAGAAAGUCUGGUGAAGUCUCACUUUGUAGCCUGCAUGGCCACGUGUCACUCUCUCACCAAGAUCGAGGGCCAACUCUCAGGAGAUCCUCUGGACCUAAAGAUGUUUGAGGCCACUGGCUGGAUCCUGGAGGAGGCCACCGAAGAGGAGACUUCUCUUCAUGACCGCAUCAUGCCCACUGUGGUGCGCCCACCCAAGCAGCUCCUUCCUGAACCUGUGAUGUCAAGUGAGCAGGAUAUGGAGCUGUACGAGCUGUCGACGUCUUACGAGAUCGGAAUCGUGCGGCAGUUCCCCUUCUCCUCAGCAUUGCAGAGGAUGAGCGUGGUGGCUCGGCUGCUCGGAGAAAAACGAAUGGAUGCCUACCUCAAGGGGGCGCCCGAGGUGGUGGCAGGUCUAUGCAAGAAAGAGACUGUGCCACAGGACUUUGCAGAGGUACUGGAAGACUACACUAAACAGGGUUUCCGCGUCAUCGCUCUGGCACACAGACGCUUGGAGUCCAAACUGACCUGGCAUAAAGUACAGAACAUUAACAGGAACCACAUAGAGACCAACAUGGAGUUCUUGGGGCUGAUCAUUAUGCAGAACAAGCUGAAGCCCGAGACUCCCGGAGUGCUGGAGGUCCUCAGACAGGCAAACAUCCGCACAGUCAUGGUCACAGGUGACAAUAUACUGACAGCUAUCUCCGUGGCACGGGACUGCGGAAUGAUCCUGCCCCAGGACCGAGUCAUUAUUGCUGAUGCCCUGCCCCCUAGAGACGGCCAGGUGGCCAGGAUCAACUGGCGCUAUGCAGACAACCCCAGCAAGCACUCCAGCAAGCCUGUUUCACUGGAGGCUCUUCAUCAAUCCGUGAUGAUUAAGAUGGGCGCGUUGAAAAGCCAAGAGGUGGAGAUUGGUGUUGAGGACGGGCCUGAAGAACAGAGGUCUGUGGAGAAGUACCACUUUGCCAUGAGUGGCAAAUCAUUUGCUGUCAUUACUGAACACUUCCAGGAUCUGCUCCAGAAGCUGGUCCUGCAUGGAACAGUUUUUGCAAGAAUGUCUCCUGACCAGAAAACCCAGCUAGUGGAGGCUCUACAGAGCGUCGAUUACUAUGUUGGAAUGUGUGGAGAUGGUGCCAAUGACUGUGGGGCCCUGAAAAGAGCUCAUGCGGGUAUCUCUCUCUCUGAGCUGGAGGCUUCAGUGGCGUCCCCUUUCACUUCCAGAACUCCCAACAUCUCCUGUGUGCCCAACCUAAUCAGGGAAGGCAGAGCAGCUCUCAUUACGUCUUUCUGCGUGUUCAAGUUCAUGGCUCUUUACAGCAUCAUCCAGUACAUCAGUGUCACGCUGCUCUACUAUAUCCUCAGCAACCUGGGGGACUUCCAGUUCCUGUUUAUUGACAUUGCCAUCAUCCUUGUUAUUGUAUUUACCAUGAGUCUGAAUCCGGCGUGGAACGUACUGGUUUCUCAGCGACCCCCCUCAGGUCUGAUCUCAGGGCCUCUGCUCUUCUCCGUACUCACUCAAAUCCUCAUCUGCCUGGGCUUCCAGACCUUCACGUUCCUGCUGGUGCGUAACCAGGACUGGUACGAGCCCUGGACUCCCCAGUCAGAUGCCUGCAAUACACCCUCCCACAGCAAUCUCUCGGAUAACUCCACAGAGACUGAUGACCACAACAUCCAAAACUACGAGAACACUUCCCUGUUCUACAUCUCCUCCUUUCAGUACCUCAUUGUUGCCAUUGUUUUUUCCAAAGGCAAACCAUUCCGUCAGCCCAGUUAUAAAAACUGGCCCUUUAUGGUGUCUGUGCUCAGCCUCUACGUGUUCCUGUUAGUCAUCAUGCUCUUCCCUGUCUCUGACAUCGAUCAUGCUUUAGAGAUUGUGUGUGUUCCUUUCAACUGGCGUAUCACUAUCUUGAUUAUAGUGCUGAUUAAUGCUGCUGUGUCUGUCUUUGUGGAGACCUUCGUCCUUGACGUCGUCUUAUGGAAGCUUGUGUUCAGCCGAGACAAGCAGGGCAGCUAUGGUGUCCCCCCUGCCGCCCCGCCACCACAGGCAGGAAUAGACUUGUGUACAUCAAAGUUCCUGUCGUGUCUGUGUUGCCGGCGUAGGAAGGUGCCCAAAGCACGUUACAUGCAUCUAGCCCAGGAACUCAGUGUGGAUCCGGACUGGCCCCCCAAACCCAAAACCACCACAGAAGCCAAACCUCUGCCUCAGUCAGAAAAUGGCUCUUACCAAAUCAUGGCUGCUUCCUAGCACCCCCCCAAGAAACCCCACCCCUUUCAGUGGAUCAUAACAGGAUCACCAUUAGAGAGAAAAAUGCAUUCUGUCACCAUGAAGACUUUUUUUUGUUGCAAGAACUAUGAAACAGACAGCAUUCUCUCUACAGGCGCAUCGUAAGCAAGGUUUAUUAUUAUUCAUAUUUUUGCCGCUGUGUCAUCUUUUUACACCACAGGCUGGGAACUGUGGAUGCUCCAUGUAAGGAGUUGUGACAUAUGACUGCACCAGGACCACGCUGUCUACAAUAAUUAUUUUUAUUGUCACAUUUGGUUUGUACUUGGACUUAAUUCAAGGAGCGUAGCUGUGGACUCCUGACCGAAAUUACAUGGACUGUGCUGUUAGCCUAGCCACAAGUAUCCUAUUGAAUGGGCUGCAUGCUAAAGUCUUGGACAUCAGCAAUCUGCAUGUGGAGCCAAUCAAACUGUAACAGCUUCAGCAGACAGUAUUUACAACCAGUCUUUUUUGUUUAAAAAAAAAAGAAAAAAGAAAGAAAAAAAACAUAUAUAACGUUCUUUUCAUAUUUCUUCCCAUGGAAGAAUAGUCAUGAUUAAGCAGUGGUGGGCCAAAGGAGUGGUGCGUACCUUUACCUGGGCUGUAACUGAGCAACGCCAGUUAUGGAAGACCACUCUUAUGAGCAGAAAUCGCAGUCGUGUGAUUUUUAUUCAAAUUCGCCGAACAGUGCAGCAGCCAGCCAAUCAGCCAGCCAGUAGACACUGAUGAAUGAUUAUUCCUGUGUAGUGUUCAGGGGGCCUUCGUGAAGAAACACACUCGAUGGUUUUCCAUUUCCAUGAAGCAAAAAUAUCAAGGCUAUAAAACUGUUUACGCAUUAGCAACCAUCAACUGAAUAUUAGCCUCUGGUGAUAUCUGAGCUUGUCAUACCUACCCUUAAAGAAGCAGAGCAAUUUAUCCAAAAAAAAACAAAAAAACAACUCGAGUCAGUCAUUUGUUGUCCAACAGUAUGGCUGGAAAGAGGUGAAAAUGGUUAUACUUGUAUUGAAGUUAGUCAUAUCCAAUCCAGUAGGGGACCUAACUGUAUUUCAGUCAAAAUGACAACUAUGCCACAUUUCAUCUUAUGCAAACGUUUUCUUUUUUCACUUGCAUACUGUGAGCCGUUAAAUCUACCAUCUGAGUCUCCAUUUCAGCAAAUAUUUCCUUACAAUGGUUCAGAAAUAUCAAAUAUGAAUUUUACAUCUUGUAUGCUUUGCAUGUCCGUCCUGCGGGAGCAGAUUCAGAUUAAAACUUUUAAUGUUUUCAUUGUUAUUCGAAAUGAAAUGCUGCUUUUAACAUUCAGUGCUUAAUGAUAUAACUUAGUGAUGAUGAGCUGUGUUUGGGAUGUGUUUCUGUUGAGGGACAGCAUUCUCUCUCUUUUUUUUUUUUUUUUUUCCCUUUUCUUCUUCUUUUCUUUCUUUCAGUAUACACACCAACACCCCGAGUAUGACACAUACCAGCAGUUUCUAUUUUGUAGAUGAACUAAAACAUCUGAACUUAGAGGAGAUUGUAUUAGGAUUUUGAGACUCAGUUGGACACUAAUACAGGUCAGAAAGCACAGUAUAAACUAAGUUCAGCCAUUUUAAUUACUCUGAUAUUUUAAUAUUGAAUACUGUUUGUAGGCUUUGUCUCGAGUAUACAUGUCUAAACAUAUGUACAUUUAUUUAUGCUUGCUCAAACUCCGCUUCAGAAACGACUUUUUGUUUGUUUGUGUGUGGUUUUUUUUUUUUUCUCCUCGAUUGUGGAUUAUUUUUCUUCUUUCAGCAUAAGGGCUAUAGCUUUACAAAUUCUGUUCAUUCCUAUUUUUGGUACUGUUUUGAAUCAUCAAUGAUUGUGCGUGACUGCCUUUAUGUGAUUGUAAUGUCUGCAUUGUUGUUACACAAUUGUCCGUCUUGUCGUUCUUGGUGUAAACGUGCUCUUGGUCAUUUCUGCAAAGAAGGAUUGAUAUUUAUUGUAUUGUAAUGUUUUGAGGUUGUAAGGAUGAAUGAUCAGCCUUAAGCAAUGUGCAAAAUCUAGAUGCAUCCAUGUUCUUGCAUUACAUUAGUCCAUGUGACGCUAAAAAUAAGAUGCAUAAGAUAUGUAGUUCCUAAAAAUAUAUAUAUAUAUCCAACUUGGAUCGUCCCACACUGGAUUUGGCCAACAGGACAAGACAAUCGCUUGUGUGCAGUGCUAUUGGUAUUAGAGGAAAUGUUAAAUUAUUUUUUUGAUUUUAUUAUUUGUCAUUUCUAUUUAAAUCAAUUUAUGUAUAAGGCUGUUUUUGUAUAUGUGUGUGUGUGUGUGUGUGUGUGUGUGUGUGGAGCACUUCUUUUCUUUUUCUUCUAGGAUAGUUAGCAGACAUGAUGACACGGAUGUCAUAUUUAUAAGCCUGCACCUUAUUACACAACUCAGAUAUUACGAGUGUCAUAACCGCUCAAAAGUUAAUAUAGUAUGUCCUUCCUUUAAACGUUGUGUGCUGACGUGCACCGUUUUCUGAAAAAGGUACAUAAAAUUGACCAUGGAUGAAUCUUGGACAGCGAAGAGUGUUUCCUCUAGCCAGGUUUGCAAGUAACAUGCAUAUGUAAAUGGAGGCCAUGAUUUUUUUUUGUUUGUUUGUUUUGUUUUGUUUUGUUUUUUUAAACAUAUAAAGUGCACAGCCACAAUCGACUGUUUAUAAUGCUUUACUGCAGAUCCUAAACGCUGCCCAUUGUCAACAUGCAGAAUUCUUUUAAUAGCUUACAAUGAUUUUGAAAAUCAGUAAAUCUGCACAUGUCUAUGAUGUAUGCUUUACUCCAAACACAUCUUUUUUUUUUUUUUUUCUUUACAUGUGGAUGUGCUUACAGGAAAAAUUGUUAUUAUUGAUGGUUUAAUUUCCUCAGGGAAAUAUGUUCCGAUUGUUAUGAAUAAAAGAUUGACACUGACACUGAAUAAAUGAGUGCAAAAAUAGUGAGCCAGUAUCCUGAGUAUCUUCUGUGUCCAUAAACAGUGAUUAUUUUUUUAACUAAUUUUUGGAAAUCCUCUCUUGUAGAAAAUUGUAAACACACUCAGUUCAGUGUUUUUUUUGUUUGUUUUUUUUUUUUCUUUUUUCCCCCCUUCCUUCUUCUAAAUAUGUGCUCCUUGUUUUGCGCUUGAUUGUUUUUGGAAUCGAUUAAAGAGCAUCCAUUUUGCUAAUUCACGUUCUUUUGUAAGGUUUUUUGUUUGUUUGUUUGUUUGUUUGUUUGUUUUUAACUGUGAUGGUACGAAGGAUGCUCUGAGAUGGAUAAUAAGGGUAGUGUUUGGUUAUUGUUAUUUACCAUAAAAUGUUAGACUGAAUUUUGAAUUCGGCUUGUCUGUUUACUCUGAAGUGAUCAUAUGACUUAUCAGCAAAUGCCAGCCUCCAGAAAUGGGUUAUCCCAGGAAUUUUACAUGUAUUUAUUCAUAUUUUUUAAAGACACGUUUUAAAAUCACUGUAGUCGCUUGCCAUACUUGUAGGUUGGAGAUGGUGAAAGAAUUCAUUUGACUAUAGCUGAAUGAUUUUUGCCAUUACUCCUCAUGUCUUGUGGUUUAAAUGGUUAUGGCCUACUGCUGGUAUUAAAGCUGGUAAUGACAA